UGCUAACAUAGAGUCUGACAAACCCUAACCCCUCGGGCCGAUAUCCCCUAGCCCUGGCUCAAGGAGAGCAAUGGCGUGGAGCCGGACAGCACACCGGCGCAGCGCCGUCAUGCCACUCAUACGCGCCGCUCUCCGCCGCUUCCUCUCCACGGAGUCUUCGGGGUUCCCGAAGCUACGGAACCUUCCGUACCGACUCCGCCGCGCCGCCGUCCCCGCUGCUCGCACCGCCGUCUCUGACUACCUCAUCUCAACGCGCUGCCUCCCCUCCUCCCACGCCGACUCAAUCACUGCGCUCGCGCCGUGCUCCCUCCACACCUUCCUCGCCGGCAUCCCGGCCGUGCCCAGUACGCUCCCCUCCUCCGACCUCCCCUCCCUCCUCCGCCGCCACCUCUCCUACCAUCCGCUCAACGAGCUUCCCUUCUUCCUCGAGUCCAUCGGCUUGCCCCCUUCCACUGAUUCCGAUCUCAUGUUCCUCACUGACCAUCCGUCCCUCCUCCCCGCCGUUGCCGCGCUCGCGCAUUUCGGCUUCCCGUGGUCCCGCCUCGGCCUGCUAUUCCCCAAUGUUCUCCUCCAAGUCCCUCCCGACCACAUCUCCGCCCGCCUUGUCGCCCUCGAGGAAAGCCUCCGCCCGCUGCCCCGUGCUGCUAUCAUCGCUGCCUGCCUCUCUUUCCCCUCGCUUAUUGAGAACGAUCUCUGCAGCAGUGCCCCCCUUGUCGAUGAUCUUAUGAGGGCGUAUGGAGGAUUGGGUCCGGAUUUGGGGGCUACCAAUGACAUUGAUGUGUUCUUGCGAGUGUGCGGCAGGAUGCAGAUGUUCUACAAUGCUGGGGUGAAGAUUGGGAGCAUCGGGGGGCUUGUUGGGUGCAAUCAGAGGGUUUUUCUUGAGCUUAAGGAGGAGCGGAUUGGUGAGAGGUUGAAAUUCUUCAAGAGGCUGGGGCUGGCAGGGGAGGAGGCAGGGAGCUUCUUACUGAGCAAUCCUGGGUUUUUGGAUCUUGAUUUUGAUGAUGUUGUGAUCUCAGUGCCAGAGUACCUGAGAAGAGUUGGGUUGGCAGAUGACGAGGUUGAUGUGGCGGUGAAGAAGCACCCGUAUGUGGUUGGGAGGAACAGACUGGAGAACCUCCCUGGUGUGCUGCGUGCAAUGGGACUGAGUCAUCGAUUCCUGGAGAAGAUUUCUGGUGGCGGUGAGAGCUUGCGGUAUUUAUCACCAGAUUUCGUCUUGGAGGAUGCUAGUUAUGAUAUGGAGGUGGAGAGAGCAUUCUCAGACAGAAUGGUUAAGGUAAAGGUGGAGAUGAAUGCACAGCAUGUGGACACCAAGCUUGAGUUCUUGAAGAGCAUUGGGUAUGGUGAGAACAAAAAAACCGCACACAUACUUCCUGUUCUGCACAGCACUCGGGAAAUGCUGAAUGAGCGAUUUGACUACCUCCUGGAAAGAGGGGUGGAGUACAAGAUGCUGUGUCGGAUCGUGAGUGUGUUCCCAAAGGUGCUGAACCAGGGCAAGGAGAUGCUCAAUGAAAAGUUGAACUACAUGACUCUGGAUCUGGGAUACUCUUUGGAGUAUCUUGAUUGCUUCCCGGCAUUACUGUGCUUUGAUUUGGAGAACCGGGUCAAGCCUAGGUAUGCAAUGCUUCGGUGGCUCCAAAGUUAUGGCCUUUUUAAAAGACCAUUAGCGCCUGCAACUGUGCUUGCUAACUCAGAGAAGAGGUUCAUUUCCAACCUCUACAAUAUGCAUCCUGCAGCGCCGAAGCUGUGGCUCGAGUGCUUCUCUUCAAGAAUACACAUGGAAUAUUACCUCAAGAAUAUACAGUCCCAGCAUCCAGAUAAUGAAUAAUUAGGUAUUGAAUUAUAUUGGCAUGAUUAUCAGAGCCGGAUGUACAAAGGAUUGUCAUCUCCAAUUGUGGCAUGCUUUCCCUCAGAAGGUACUUCUGAGUUGUUAUAUUAUAUCUUCCCAUUGUGCAAAAUUCUUUGCUCAGCGUGUUUUAGCUGUAGACACUGGAUGUAGGAUGAAAUGAAAUAUAUCAAUUCAAUAGUCAACCAUGUAAUUCAAUUUUGCAAAAAUUGUGCUGUACAUUGUAGCUCUGAGACUAGUUACAUUUCCGCCCUGUUUGGCGGUUAUGUAUUUCAAGGAAAGACAUUCUGUAUUGAUCCGAGGUGAAAGACUAGCACUGAUAAUAGUUAACUUUUUGGUUAUCGAUCGUACCAUCAUCCUCAUAUAAUUGCAUCAUGUUGAACUCAUGUAUAAUUCAUGAUAAGUUCUUCCAAGUGGAUGAUAUUUUCCGGGCUAAUCACUCAGCCAUGGUAUCUUCUCUGGUGACGCAAUGGUAAGAACAUACUACAUUAAACAUAGAUUGCUCGCUUCUGACAGGAAAAAACUUUGAUUUUAUUUGUAUCUCUCUUCUUAAUAGGUGGUGAAUAAAGGGGCUUCGCAGGGCCAUUGCAUUUGCGGCCGUUAGAUCUGGAUUAUGGCCAAUGGUUAUCUAUCUAUGAUACAAGAUAGAGUCAAAAGGGACAACAUGGUAUUCUCUGAUACAAGUUCAUGGCACCUUGGAUUGGAUCCAUAUGGUGCAUACCAGGAACAAAAACUUCUUAUGGUGCAAAGAUUCUAGUGGAGGUAUAAAUAUGUAUUUAGCUGCAGAGGUGCGUUUAUGUAAUUAGUCGGGUAUGUACCUUUUCUCUUUCAUAUCUCACACAUCUGUUAACACCUUAUAUGGUUCCAUUCUGUAAUUUUUAAAUCCUUAGUUUUUUAGCCAGACGGGGAGCAUGGGCGCAGCGGUAAAGCUGUUGCCUCCUGCAGGUUCGAGUCCUGGAAACAGCCUCUUGCAUAAAUGUAGGGAAAGGCUACGUACAAAAGACCCAAAGUGGUCAGACCCUUCCCCCGGACCCUGAGCAAGCGGAGCUACUCAGCAACGUGCUCCGGGCUGCCCUUUUUUUUUAGUUUUUUAGCCAAAACUGUAGAAAUUUCUCUUGCUAUAUUUUCAUUGUGUUGUUACUAUUACUUAUGUUUAUAUUCUCUUGCUAUCCUUUAUUUCUAAUAUCCAGAUUGACAACCACUAAAAUUUGUACAGAUAGUAAAAGUAGCUGUACACACUUAGGUCUUACUCAGCAAGUAACCGAACAAAUGAGCAUUUGAUUUCUUAACUGAAGAAAUGACUAUUACCAUUUUAAAUGAUUACCGUUUUCUUCCCUUGGUGGUGCUUACGAAAUGGUAACAGCAAAAAACAAGUGACGUGAGGCAGAAAGAAGAAGACAUUCCUGAGUUGAGAUUGCAGGUUGAGCAUUACAAAUCCCUGCUAUCUGAAUGUGAAGUCAAGAUGAAGUCCAAGGAGGAGCUGCAAAAAAAGACAUCCUGCAGGAGCACCUUAAUGGCAGUUUUCAUUUUCAGUGGGCUAAUCAAAUGCAAGCUAUGGGGAACUCAAAGAAGAAUGAGGAAAGACAUUUAGACAAAAGGAUUCUACUCUAUAAUAUGAGGUUUUGAUUUUUUUUUCUGUUUCAGAUGAAAUUAUGGUUUUAUGGGCCAAGUAAUUUCCUAUGUGAGUGGUAUUGAAGCUCUUUUAGAUAUUGGGCCAGUUAAGGUUCGUUUAAAAUAGUGGAUGCACACGUGAUUUUUUGUACUUUUCAGAGGUAGAAAGUAAAAUGUAAUGGUUAAUUAAAGCUAUUCAUUAGUGUAUACAGUUUCUACUCUCUGCUUCAUGACCUAAACAAAGAAUACAUAAUUAGCUUUUGGCUUUAGGUACAAUAGCUUGAUCUGCGAUAUAUGGAUUGAUGUGUCCUGAAAGAAGAGCUGAACGACUGUCAGUUAGCGCAUUGUUGUUGUUACUCUGCAAUUACCUGGUUGGUAUCCGAAUAACAAACAGGAAAUCUGUGGUUCAAAAACUUAAAUCUUUUCCAUUAUUCAGAGUUAAGAGGAUCCUUUUCUAACUGCACCAGAAAAUUAGGAAGCUAUGAAAAGAAGGAGCUCAUUUGUUUUUAGAUUAAAACUGCAAAUAUUGCAAUAAAAAAACAGUUGUAGUUUAUAAAAAUUACUAACAUUGAUAAGUGACACUGCAUUGAUGCCUCUCUUUGCUUUUCUAGAAUCUUUCUUUUACUCUAAAUUUGGAGGAUCUUAGGAGAAUUUGUCUUAACUUAUUUGUAUGAGGCGAUACAGCUGAGAUCUCAUAUUUGGUCUGUGGGCUACCACGCUUAAGCUUUCUUAUCUUACUCUUUCCACUAACGCCUUGCUCCAGUCGCAGUAUAAAGAGAGACUAGAACCUACCGGGGAGCCCUCGGCAGAGUCCCUAUCGUUGUUGCAACAAUUACACACAGAGUUCCGGAAUUUCACAUUUGUGAGAAGAAAGGGUAUGUGUGUUUGAAAGGAGUGUCCUUAUCAAUAAUGCUCUUCUAUUUAUGUUUCAGGUCAUGGUCUUAUCAAAAUGAGGAGUGAAUUUCGACAACCAGUGCGUCUACAUGGGCUAGCACUUCUGAUAUUUAUUUAUGGAUUUCCUUGCUCCUUUCUUCUGUGUUGUGAUUGGUACCGGUGGUUUUCUCUAUAUCAGGCCAGAGUUGUUACUACUUGAAAGUCCAUGGUCAGUAAUAGCCUCAUUCUCUUGAUUAACUGCAGAUUUAUGCUAUUCACUGUUGUAUUCAGUCAAGUAACUUAUAGUAUAAUUAAUGUUAAUGGGUCUGUCUAGGGCAUGUCUAGAUGUGCCCUAAUUAUUGCACAUCUAAGUGACUCAAUCAAGUAUAAAAAUGAAAGGAAAAGAAAAAAAGAAAAAAUCCACACGAAUCUCCGGGUAAGAUCAAUGAUAUAGGACAUAUCUAGAUGUGCCCUAAUUAUUGCACAUCUAAGUGACUCAAUCAAGUAAAAAAAUGAAAGGAAAAGAAAAAAAGAAAAAAUCCACACGAAUCUCCGGGUAAGAUCAAUGAUAUAGGACUUAGUUGUGCAAUACUUAUGGCACAUAUGUGCUUUAGCAAAACUGUUAAUUUUAUUGGUUCAUGAUGAUUAUAUAUUGGAAGCUCUACACUUGUGUGCACUAUAAUGGAAUUUCUUCUUGUCUUUUAUGGAAAUCUGCAACACACUGGAUGUUUUAUUUGUCCAUGACAAUGGAGUACUCAUGUUUUAUCUAAAAAAAUGCGAAACAAUUCUUAUUUGUACCUUCUGCGGGCUGAUGUAAUUGUUGCGAAGAACACUGUCAGUUCAGCGGUUGUCAUGAUGCAAACAAUCUGCUGUUGUUACAUAACUGGUGUUUCUCAGUGGAUGCAAAAUACCAUAUUGGUGACAUAUGAUGAACGUAUACUUUCCAUAAUGAUAAUGGACUGAGGAAAGAUAUGCGUCGUGUCUUUCGAAAGCCACUCCACCUUCUUUUGGCCUGAUAGUUGGAUCUUCUUCCAACCCCUCUCCUUAACCUUGCCCCACUUAUACUCCCGCUCUACCAAUCCCACUACUUUGGUCUCGCAACUCAUGCAGAACGGAUUGCUACCUAACCUGCGAAAUUGCAUUACCGCGGUUGCCUCUGCCGAGCUAGCUAUUGUGUUGUCUUCGUUGCAGGAUUUCGACCACAAAGCUGUCGCCGCUAACAGGUACCUCACUCACGGGCUUCCGAUCUCCAGCAAGAACACCUACCAUCUCCUCAUCGGACAGCCCAACCAUGACAUCAACGCCCGUCUCAUUUGGGCAACCCGUGUCCCCAUCAAGGAGUAGGUCUUCGGCUGGCUACUCUUCAAGGACCGCCUCAAUUCCAAGGUGACCUCUUCCACAAGACCAUCGUCCCCGACACCAUUUGCACCAGGUGCAGUGUAAGGUUGUUAGUCGUUUUCCAUGAGAUGGAAUCCUUGUGUUGGCUGAGCUUAACUUCUUGAAGAGCAAUCCAUAGAUGGGUGGAUUUGCAGCUGAGUUGCGAGGUGAUCCUGUGCAUAACUUGCAUCAAUGCUCCGUUCGGGUGCCCUCUGAAAACAUCAACAUCAUCCUGCGACUCAGCUUUUAAAAAAAUGUGAAGGCUCAAUUUCCAUUGGGGCUUUGCCAUGCAGCCAUCUAGAGAUCUAGAAGCUCGUCUUCUUUUUUUAGUUGGGCGACAUGGAGGAGUUUGAUUCUACAUUGCCUAUUUGACUGGUACUAGUGCAUUGAAGAACUAGUUCACACACUAUUGUUCUACAAUCAAGUAAAUCAAAAGUAUGCAGUUGUUGUAUUUCUGGGGGAGCAAUUGAGCAUCAGUCUCUGCAGGAACGUCAGGGUACAAGGAUGGAUGGGAUCGGAGGAUAAUUGGUGCCACGGCUUUACUAAACACCGAUAACGGAGACAAUCAAGUUGAGAGGGAUACAACAGGGCAAUACAUUUUUGUAUCUGGGUAUAACCAUGUGCAAAGUACCCUUGAGUAUUCUCCACUCUCCUAAGUGAAACGGGAAAUGUGUGAUAUAGGACCGAGCACACUUGGGGCUACAUCCAUCCCUGAAGGUCCGACAGAGUCACAAAGGGCAUGUGUGGUGGCAACAUGAGAGAUUGAAGCACAUGAAAAUGGUGUGUGCUUGCCUUGGGAUUAUCAGGCUUCACGAAAAAUCCAAGCAGAAGCAACUUUCUACCCCAACUGUUUUUAGGAAUAUAGAUGUAUUAAUACAGAUUUCUAGGCUUCGGUACCUGAUGGAAAUACACUGAGUAGUACUGAUGUAUUAACUGCUGAGAUCUUGCGUGCGUGUUCCUGUAAUAGUCUUUGAACUUACCAAAUAUUGUUCACAUCUGUUAAAAUUAAAACGGAACAUAUGGAAAUGAAGGUUUUGCUUGAUUUGUGUA